AUGAGAACAAUCCUAGGAACAUUUCUUGAUAAGACCAUCAGGACAGGCUUCAGAGAUUUCCAGAUAAGUGUUAGUCACUCUCCUCAAGACUCCAAAACUAUCCCCUCGAGCCAUGGCCUAGGCUUCGCCCUCUGCCGUUGCUGCGCGCGCUGCCCCGUAGUUGUGGGGCUCUUCGGUGUUGGUGGACCGGCUGCUGCUCAAGGGCGGCGCCAACCAGGGGAAGAGCUGGACAACGACAGCGAGGACGAAGACGAAGAGCUUGAUGAGACCCUGGCGGAGAGACUAUGGGGCCUGACAGAGAUGUUCCCCGAAAGGAUCCGCUCCGCCGUGGGAACUACCUUUGUCUUGUCCCUCAAUGUGGCCCAGAAAAUGUACAGGUUUUCCCGGACAGCGCUGUGGAUCGGAACGACCUCCUUUAUGAUCCUCAUCCUUCCGGUGGUCUUUGAAACCGAGAAGCUGCAGGUGGAGCAGCUGCAGCAGCUGCAGCAGCUGCAGCAGCGGCAGAUCCUUCUGGGCCCUAAGGCAGCUCUGGCUGGGGGGAUGCCGGGGACCCUGACUCCACUGCCUAGAAAGGUUUAGAAAAGGAUCCGCUGCAUUUCGCUGUGCUGGAUGAGGGAGAAUUUCAUAUUCAGAUGUGUUUUAAGAACUGCUGGUCAUUUGUUUUUGUUUUUGUUUUUUGAGUUUUUUGGGGCACAUCGAACCAACAGAAUCCUCCCCACCCCCUCUCUAGAGCUGUGCCCUCCACACUGGCAUGAUAUCUUUUUUUUUCCAGCCCUCCCACGCUGCUACAAGUGAGGGUAAGGAUGCAGAGUGACCCUCAGCUCUCUCUCUAGGCUUGCCAUCCACCUCACUUAAGCUGCUUGUCAAACAAGGGAUCCCCUGCCUUUUCCUGGGGGAAUGGAAGUGAACAAGAUUGUCUCCUGACAUUGAGAACCAUGAGUAAAGAAACCAGAAUCUGACCCAGUGUGUCAUGUGGGGUUAUCAAGUCACUGUGAAUGUGUGUGUGUGUUCUGCAGGUCAGGUGGGCAACUCUACUGAAAACCAAAGAGGACGAUGGAGGAGAUAUGGCUUCCUCCUGAUGUGCUGGCUGUUUUUUGUUUGUUUGUUUGUUUGUUUUGUUUUGUUUGCCCUAUAAAGUAAUGUGUAUGAGAAAA